AUCCUUUCGACUUUCGUGCGCAACUCUGCUUCCGAGGUCAACGACUCGAUGUUGAUAAAAGAAAAUUCAUUUGGAUUCGUGCAAUUUGCAACUUAAUAGAGUCAAAUUUGUGUUAUAAAUCUGCGAAGCAACGUUAUUUUAAAACCUGUGGGUCUCCUUAAUCGGCCCUGUCAGAGGAUUUUGUUGAUUGGUCUGUACGUGUAAUGGCUGUUGGAAAAGGUUUUCUUGCCCAGUAUUCCGUAUUUUGUGUAUUUGGUUCGGUUGUUGGUUGUGUUGUUGUUCCCUUGAUUACUCAGUCGAUCGAAAGUGUGAUUUUUUCUGCCAUCCUCAUCAGUCUAACUGCCACUCAUUGGAGCAGGCGAGCUGUAAACAAUGAUACAUCCAGCAAGCUUCACAACCAGCCAUAUCUUAAAGAUUUGUCAUUGCGGAAGGCAAAGAAGGUAGCUCAAAUAGGAAAAAAAGAAGAAAAGUUUAAGCGAAUUGAAGAAGCUAGAAAGUUGGAGCUGUCUUGUUUCACUCCACAGCAAAGAAAACAAGAAGAAAAACGAGAAAGAAAGGCGAAGAGAAAAGAGGACAAACUAAAACAGAGGGAAGAAGAGAAAAAGAUACUGGAGGAGGAAACACGUCGGCGUAAGAUUAAAGAAGACAAGAAUGAGAAGACGAAGUUUAAGAAAACGCACGUUCCUCAGAAAGGCUGGACAAUCGCAACCAAUUCAAGAGUAUCAAACACCCGUAAAUGUAAUCCUGUUUUAGUCAACGAUUCUGUAGUUACUCCAUUGAAUAUUAUAACCGCGGGAGACGCUUUAUACCGUGAGAAAGCGUCAGUAAGCCCAGAUUCAUGUGAAAGUAAAGCACCUAGUCCUCCACCUUCAGUAUGGAAAGUACCUGAAUACGUACCCCCAAGAUGGAAUCCUGAGAAACAAAAUGAUCAUAAAAAUAUCAAGGUGCCAUUUCGUUUAAACAAUGAUGUCAUAUUGGAACGGAGAAAAAGACCAACCACGCCCUUCAAUCAAUUAUAUAAUCCUGUCAUGUUAACUCCAAGUAAAUUAAAGAAUGAAUUUAUGAAUCAACAUAUAAACAAAAGUUCCUUAAAAGAUUCCGAUCCUAAUCUCCUAAUUGAUACCCCUGUAAAGUUCUCAGGAAAAAUGGAUAAUCGUGAUCAAGCUGCUGCAUCAAGUCCAUAUUCAAAUAUUUCUGGUUUGCCAAGUUUUUUUAAAUCUCCUACGGAAGGAAAUGGUCGAGAUUCUCCUCAGAAAACCUACUCUUUGUUUGGACCAGAGGAACCGAAUCGUGUUCUUUUUCAGCCUAUUUUUCAAAACAAUAUUCAUGUUUCAUAAUGAUGAAAAUGAAUAUUACAGUAUCUAUCUUUACUUAUGAAUGAAGUAGCUAUAUGAGCAAUAAAUUUCUUAAUGAACAUCAA